ACGGCACGGGGUUACCUACACGCGUUUCCAUGGGGUGGCUGGCCGUCACUUUGCCUGAUUAAAAACCGACAUGUUUAUGGCAUUGCCAUGCUUUUUAUUAUGCAUUUUGGUACUUAAUACAUAUAAAAAUAAGGCAAAUACCUAAAUAACUUAACUUAUUUAUCAGAAACCUGAUUUCACAGUUGUGAGAUUCUCGGUAUCCAUGGUAACACAGUGUUUGCUUUGUAGCUGAGGUUUUACCAGACAGACGAGCCGGAGUUGGUGUAAAACUCGAGGAAUAAAAAGAUGAAUAAAAGACAAAAUGACCCUGAAAAGGCGGAAAUUAAUUCUCUGGUGGACACGGCGCUGUGUGAGGACGACAGGAGAUUUUUUCAGUCUCUGAACGAGUUUAUUGACGAAGAGAAGAAGUACCUGCAGUGUCCAGACGAAGGCGCUGAUGAGCUGCGGUACAUCAUCUACCGCUCUGUUUUCAAUAAGGUGAUUGGUCGAGCAGCAGCCUAUAGGAGGCUUCUUCUGGCCAUAAAGGCGGAGUAUGACGACACCAUCAGGGAGCUGAAGAGGAGGGAGGAUGAAGCUGCAGCAGCAAGUUCUGGGUCCCACCUACAGUGCCUGCUGAGCUGUCAGAGACAGGCUGCUCAGAUCACAGACAGAAUCUCUGUCCUUCAGAGCCAAACAGCAGAACUUCAGGAGGAGGUCAGGAGACAGAAAUCUACCACUCAGAGCAGACUGGUACCAGGUCUGACUGUGGCCCAGUGUGAGGAUCCUGAGUUUCUGCAGGUACUUCUAGAGGAUUUACAGACCCAAAGAGAGGUUCUGUUGGAAAGGAAGAGUCAAUGUGUUCCUGUGGAGGUCCAGUCUGAGCAUAAAUCUGAGCUGCAGAAGGCUGAGCACCACAGAGACCACUUGAGAGCCCGGAACCACCGGCUGAUGACCCGCUUCAAACGUCUGAAGUUUGUCUGGGACCAUCUGAUGAGCUGGGAGGAGACAGGGCAGAAGGUUCCUCUGGAGAAUCUCCUGGGUUCUACGAUCCAGAACAUCCAAAUGAUCAGUUCAGAAUCACUGCAGAAUCAAGACAUGGAUGAAGACUUCUGCUGCAUUGACGCUGAGCUGUCUGAGCAUGAAGAACCGACCGGGGUCGAUGAGUCCAAACUGCUCAGUGAUCACCUGGACAGGUUCCUGGAGCUCUUUGAAGCAGCUCAGUAUGAAGCAGCAGCUCUGCAUGCAGCCAGAUCUCCUGGAGGAGUCCUCAGGAACUCCGACACUAUGGAGAUGUUUGAAGGUGUGCAUGGCCCCCCAGCGUCCACCCCCCCUGCCCUGCUGUUCUUCUGGGCCCUGCUGGUUACCGUGGCAACAGGUAACCGUGUGUCAGGUGAUGUGUCGCUGCAGGGCGUCAGCUGUGCUCUGCAGCAUGGAGACAUGCAGCUCAUCACUCACGCCGUCACUCAGAACAAACUGACGUUCACUGAGAAACUGGGUGACACUCUCUCUGAGCAUGCUCAGAAGAACCCAGGCGCAGCUGACCUGUGUCUGGCUUUGGCCACCAUGAUCUAUGAGGGCUGCAGGAUACACCAGAAGACUGCACUGAGCAUGUGCAGAAGAGGUUUGAUCCACAGCGCCGCUGAGUUCAUGAAGCAGCAGCUCUCUGCAGAGGAGUGCAUGUGGGUCCUGUCCUCCUCACCCAGCCUCUCCCUUCUCCAGCUGCUGACAGUCUCUCAGAGGGGUCAGGCAGCCGUCUUAUCGGUGGGCGGGGCCUGUGCCUCCAUGCUGGCAGACCCUCAACAGCAUCGGUUAGCUCUGCAGCUUCUGGACGGCUUUAUGAGCCGAGGUCCAGACGUGUUGGUUGACGUCAUCCUGGAGGACAGCAGCUCCUCGGUGGACGUCUGGGACCAGGUGGCCUGUCUUUGCUCUGACCUUAAGCGGGACGACCUGAGCCAGGCGGUCCGUUCCGUCCUGCUGGACCAGAACGGAACCGGGGUCAGGUCACCUGACCUGGAAGGAGCCCGGCUCACGGAGGACAUCUUCCUAUGAAAGCUGGUUCUUCAGAUGAUUUGAACCAAGAAUAAAAACCUUCUGUUGUUCAGCUGAAGCUAGAGUCACUUCAUUGUUCUGUGAUUUAAAUGAAACAGUCAGAACUGAUGUUGGACCUUCUGCAGAGACUGAAACCAACCCUGCCUCUGAC